AUGAAGUUCAUUACCGUCAUCAUUGCUACCCUGGCCGCCGUAGCCGCCGCCUCCCCUUACCCCGAUGCUUUGGAGAAGCGCACUUGCGUCGGCAACUACAAGGUUGCCUGCGAGAACGGUGGCACCCCUUGCUGCGAUGGCUGGCAGUGUGUUGGCGCCACCGAGUGGAACGCCGGUGUCUGCAUCCCUAACUACUAA